ACGUUACUGUUUAGAGAAAUGGCUGAAACCGCUCCAGCUCCCGCUCCAGCUAAGGCUCCUAAGAAGAGAUCUGCUUCUAAGCCCAAGAAAGCGGGCCCAAAUGUCCGCGACCUUAUUGUCAAAACUGUGACCGCAUCCAAGGAGCGACAUGGCGUGUCUCUCGCAGCCCUGAAAAAAGCUCUCUCUGCUGGCGGCUACGAUGUGGAGAAGAACAACUCCCGCGUCAAAACCGCCGUCAAGGCUUUGGUGCUCAACGGUACUCUGGUACAGCCCAAAGGCACAGGCGCCUCCGGUUCAUUCAAGCUGAACAAGAAGCAAGCCGAGCCUAAGAAGGCAGCUAAGAAAACCGCCGCAAAAGCCAAGAAGCCUGCUGCCAAGAAACCCGCCGCUAAGAAAUCUCCCAAGAAGGUGAAGAAACCGGCGGCCACAUCUGUGAAGAAGGCGACCAAGAGCCCUAAGAAAGCCAAGAAGCCCGCGGCUGCAAAGAAGGCGACCAAGAGCCCCAAGAAGGCAAAGAAACCAGCAGCUGCCAAGAAAGCAGCCAAGAGCCCCAAGAAGGUAAAGGCGGUCAAGCCCAAAACCGCCAAACCCAAGGCGGCGAAGCCUAAAAAGGCGGCUCCCAAGAAGAAGUAAUCGUCUCUGCUCGACUCUUCCAAAAACCAAACGGCUCUUUUAAGAGCCACCCACUUAGUAGAAAAAGGCAUUUUUUUCCAAUCACCUAAGUUUUACAAAUAAUCCACUGUAGUGUGUACAUACUUUAUGAAUUAAGUACAAUAUAAACCGCCUGAACGACAUCGAAUAUGUAAAUAAAUUGAUAUUGAAAGAAUUCACUUUUUUUGUUCAUAAAUGAGGGUACCUC